AACACUCCUAACAAAAUGAAUGAGAUCAAAGAAGUGGAGCUUCGCAUACCUGGUAACCUGCCUAAGGAGGAGAAUCCCCACGGCCUCGUUAUCACGUGGCAGUGCGGCUAUCCCAUCCGGGUGCCUAGUGGGUACAUGAGGAUACGGGUGUGUUGUCGUCGGGGUUAUAACCUGCCUAAGCUUCCGGGUGGUGGAGCCCUCUCGUCCCCAAAGGAUGAGCCUUGAGGCUACGGUCCAGUGAACACAACCCCAGCACCCCUUUAGGGUGAACCUUGGAUCCAAAUCACUAAAGAAUGCCGCAUAUGAGACGCACCAACACCACAUUCGCGAAAGGCCAAACGGGUGUGAUGCCUCGACCAUUGCAGAUCUUGGACAUCUUGACGGUUUUGUUCGACUGCUGCUCUAACGCAACUCUGGCGUCAGCAGCACGAACUUGCAAAUUAUGGAUGAUCCCGGCUCUGCGACGCUUGUGGCGAGUACUUGACACUCCAGUGCCUCUCCUUCGGCUACUAGGGAGCGUCGACAACGCUGACUCCCUUUUUUAUAGGCUGUCUACGGUAAUGGAUCUUGAGGCACUACCAAGAAUCCAAUUUUAUGCAAAAUUUGUUCAAUCCAUUACUGUCGUUAUCGGGGACUGGUCCAAUCACAUCCAUCCCGAACUGAUGGACGAGUUUACCCUGGCAGUGCAGUUUUUGCAUCCACAUCUUUUCUCGCAUCUCAUUUCUUUGGAUUGCUAUCUCUAUGGAUCACGGGCGAUCAGAAGCGCUGGGAUUUGGCUUGCUGUGCGCUCUCCAAAGAUCUCAUUAUCCUUCCGUGGCCCUCCGGAUGCAACCUGUCUCCCACUCAUUCGAUCGCUUUGUCACCACAGUGCCUCCUUGACAUCCCUCAGUCUGUACAUCGGCGAAACUUCAGGAUUUCGUGAAGCCCUCAACGAGUGCUUUGUGAACGCAUUGAAGCCGCUGGUUAACAUUGUUUCCUUGACUGCAACCGGGGGAAUCCUUUUAACCCCGACCGUAUGGACUUGCAUUGCCCAACUCCCCAACGUAAAGGAGGUCCGCUCACCCUCCCCUCGGGGAUUCGACUUCCGCUACUCGGCCUGGCAUGAUUUCGGCCCCCCCGCGUUAGAUACUCCAUUUCCCUCUCUUCACACUAUCGAGAUGGCUAUCCCGUCACAGCUAGCAGUAAUCGUUCUGGGGUAUUAUCCUCUGAGUGGCAGCAGUCGUUAAUCCAGAUAGUCACAAUUUGUAAAGACUUACAUGGAUUGGUCAUCCUGACCCCUUAUUUCAAUCUCCCUGUACUGAAACUGCCUCUAUCACCUGAUCUUACCCAACUGCUGGUCUGCACUGGAGGCAUUGAGAGGAUUAACAAUGCUGAUUUGGUGGAUCUAUGCUCAAAGAUGCCCAACCUUGAAGAAUUGGGUUUAUUCCCGGUACAUGUCCAUAGAAAUCAUGACCUUCCAAGUCUAACACUGGAAGCCAUACGGCCAAUCGCGAACGAAUGCCCUCAUCUUAGGCGUGCUUCGC